UGCAUGAAAGUGAAAUCUAGUUAACGUAGCUACUCGGAAACUCACGCUUCCCCUCUCCAACCACUUCAGCAUCCCCCUAUAUAAACCUCGUCCACUUGCAUCCUUUUUGUAGCAGCUCAACCUCAGUACUCUUCAUAAAAAUCUCUAUAUCCUCGUCUUCAACAAAUAUUAAUUAAAUAAAAAAAAAUGAAGCCCAUCGCUUCACCCGCUUACAUCGGAGUCCGGAAACGGAAGUGGGGGAAGUGGGUUUCCGAGAUCCGAGAGCCCGGUAAGAAAACCCGAAUCUGCUCGGAAGUUUCGAGACCGCCGAGAUGGCGGCGGCGGCGCACGACGUGGCAGCAUUUUGGCUCAAAGGCCAAGACGCCCCGCCUCAACUUCCCCGAGUCGACGGUCGGCUGCCGACGCCGUUGAGCUCGGACCGACCCACAUUCGGUCGGCGGCGCUGGAGGCCGCGUUGGAGGUCAAGUUCCGGAAUAAGGAGAACGUCGGUGAAGCCGAGUUUGAAGCGGGCCGGGUCUGGGUUGGGUUCGGGUUCGGGUUUCGAUGCGGGUUUCGGGUUUUCCGGGGAUGAGUGGGGAUUGGAUUUGGAUUCGCCUGAAAUGUGGAGGGAGCUCGCGGAGGCCAUGUUGAUUGCUCCACCUCAGAUUUUGAGCUGUGAGGUUAGUGACGUGGAGGUGUUUGAGCAGGGGUCUUUGUGGGACCCUCUUCUUUGAGCUUGAAUUUUCUUGGGGGGGUGGGGGAGAAAAAAAAUCCCACAUAUAGGAUGCUUUGGGAAAAUCAUAAUCUAAAGAGGAGGAAGGAGAGGAUAAUAUAAGUUUUUAUAUCAACCAUAGUCACAUUGUAUCAGUGCGAUCAAAAUAUUGCAUUGAUACAAUCGCAGACUUUAAAACUCGCGUUGAUCUUCAGCGCAUCAUGUUCUUCUUUCUUUUACAUGUGUUUUUUUUUUUCCAUUAGAGGGUUCUGUAUAGAAAUUUUCUUUCUCUCUCUUCUCUCUAUCUCUAGAGUUAUGACCCUUUAAUAUUUUUACAAAAGGGGGAGUGGCUUGGUGUAUUCUAAUUUUUAAUUUUACGUGUCAUUUAUUGUAGCAAAUUGUAGCACGUGAAAUGCACGUGAUUGUGUAUUGAAACAUUAAUAUACCCUUUUGAUCA